CUUCAGCUGCCGUAGGCAGUGGGUCGAGAGUGCCGGUCAAAAUGGAAGUGAAUCCCCCCAAACAGGAGCACCUGCUGGCCCUGAAAGGUCCUGUUUCCCUCUGAUUUGGAAAGAGAGUCUUAAAAUUAUAAAUUACAUUCUAGUGCUGAGGAGCGCAUCUAAGAAAUGUUUUCUUCAUUAAGAGUAACUGGAUUACUGCAGAAUGACUACAGAAGUAAUAUUACAUUAUCGACCAUAUGAGAAUGAUCCCACACAACUGCCAAAAAUCGCAGAGAAAGCAAUUCAAGACUUUCCUACACGUCCGCUAUCGAGAUUUAUUCCUUGGUGUUUGCAUGAUGGGUCCAAACUUCCACUCAAACCUAAAAGAUCACCACCUGUGAUUUCUGAAGAGGCAGCUGAAGAUGUGAAACCGUACUUAACCAUUUCAGAACGUGAUGUUAAAUCACAGAGUUACGAUUGCACAGUAGAUCUUUUGGAAUUUCAACCUAAUUUAAAAAAAAGGAAGCACUUAAUCCGGUCACACUCACUGAAUGAACAGACUAAUUCUGGAACUCUAGAUAAACAUUCAGAAAAGGGAAGACAGCACAAGAAGAGGUUUUGGAGUGUUUCACUUCCCAACAGUAAUUGUACUGAAAAUAUUUUUCCUUUGUCUAAAAAAUUGCAAGAUAGUUUAAAGGCACUGAAUUUGCAUUCACUUUAUAGAGCAAGAUGGACUAUAGAGCAUGCUAUUUGUAACAACCAAACUCUGGAAGACAUUUGGGCAAAACUCAAUCAAAUCAUCAGGCACAAUGAACUUCCAUCUUGUAAUGCUACAUUUCAGAGACACUUAGGCCAAAUAUGGGUGUUCUGUGAUAUUACGUACUGUGAAUAUGUGGGAAGUCUUCUUAAAGGAAGGUUAGCUCUUGCUGGGAAAAUGAAUUUAUUCGUGCAUAAAUAUGGUGUUAUUUUUAGUAUGUAAUGAAUUUCACUGAUUGUUAAAGAGAAGAAUAUUCUGAAUGAACUGAGUAUGAUCUGAAAUAAUGAGAUCGGGGGCGCCUGGGUGGCUCAGUCGUUAAGCGUCUGUCUUCGGCUCAGGUCA